GCACUUGACAGCGGUCCACGAAAUUUUUUGUUUAUACGUGGACGUGUUGAUUGUGUGAUAAGAGUUAUUGCGUGAAAAACACGGGAAAAGGCACAAUGGAUCACAAAAGGGUGACGAAAGGGAGUGGCGAGAUGCCAAGCAAGUCUUAUAAGCGGAUCAUAGCCAUUUGUCUGAUUGUGAUUGCGCUGUUCUUCACGCUGCCAACUCUGUGCGGAGCACAUGGACACGAUGGACACAGUCACGAGGCGCCCAGCUUUAAGUAUUCCCGGGAGGCCAAUGAGCCUCACGAUCAUCAACAUCACCACGACCAUGGCAGCGCCCAUGGCAAAGUACCUCAAGCGGCAGGAGACUCAAUGGACGUGUGGAUUCACUCGUUGUCUUCUACUCUGCUCAUUAGCGCAGCGCCCUUCCUAAUACUGUACUUCAUUCCUCUGGACAACACAGAAGCCAUGCAGCCGCGCCUCAAGAUGCUGCUGGCCUUCGCCUCGGGCGGUCUGCUGGGGGACGCUUUCCUGCAUCUCAUUCCACACGCUACUGGAGGACACCACCAUGAUCAUCACGACCACCAUGAUCACCACGACCACCACGGUCACAGUCACGAUGGAGCGGGUCACAGCCACGACAUGAGUGUGGGUCUCUGGGUCCUGGCGGGCAUCAUCGUGUUUCUGGCUGUUGAGAAGGCAGUGCGGCUAAUGCGUGGCGAUCACGGACACAGUCACGGAGAGCCGCCAAAGGAGAAGGAGAAGUUGGUGAAGAAGGACGAAAAGAAGGGCAAGGGAAAGAAGGCGGAGAAGGCGAAAAAAGAAGACAUCCAGAUUGCUGGCUAUCUCAACUUGGCCGCAGACUUCACGCACAACUUCACUGACGGACUGGCGAUUGGGGCUUCAUACUUGGCAGGCAGCGGCAUUGGCAUCGUGACCACCAUCACAAUUCUCCUUCACGAGGUGCCGCACGAGAUCGGAGACUUUGCCAUUCUAGUCAAGAGUGGUUGUUCGAAGAAGCGCGCCAUGAUGCUCCAGCUGGUCACCGCCUUGGGCGCCAUCACGGGAAAUGUCCUGGCGUUGCUGGGCAGUGGCAGUGGAGACGCCGCGGCCUCCUGGGUGCUGCCCUUCACGGCCGGCGGUUUCAUCUACAUCGCCACAGUGAGCGUCAUUCCGGAGCUGCUCGAAGGGAGCACAAAACUAGGUCAAUCACUGCGCGAAAUCUCUGCUCUUCUGGCGGGAGUGUUCCUCAUGGUGCUCAUAGCGAACUUCGAGUGAAGUGAACCUCAUUUUCCGGAAUAUUAGCUGGUAAUAAUAAAGUCCCACUUACACGAA